AGAAGAAUUUGUCAACAUGUCGGACAAUGAAGACUUAUUAGGCGAUGAUUUAGGGGAUCACAGCCUCGCAGAUUACAAUUUAGGCAAUGAGGAAGAAGAACAGCUUUUGGCUGAUGAUUAUGAAACCAGCUCUUCACAAAAUGUUCCUACAUCUAUUGGCCCUAGUUAUGGCAAUGUAGAUAUGGUUUCUACUGACUAUUCUAGCCAUACUAUUCAAUAUAAUACUUCGAUUGCAGAGACAGAGUGUGUGGUCCCCAACAUAACAGUGGAGGUUCCUAACACUCGACUUCCAGACCAUUCUACUUAUGCUCCAUAUGAACCUCCAGUAUAUGAACCUGAAAAUGCUGUGGUGCCACCUGCCAUUCCUGCUGCUCCACUGGAAUCACCACAGAUAGUACCUACAGAUGUGCCAGUACCUGUAUCCAAUGGUGAGGGCAGUGCUUCCCGUGCAAGAUUCCGGAACGAACGUACAGCGGGCGCUGCACAUCGUGCACCACUCGUCAGAGACAUACCUGAUACACUAGAUAAGGUGUUGAUACCUCGCGGAGGAGGAUUCGUGGGUCGAGGACGGUCGAGCUGGCGCAAUCCACACUACCAGCCUCGAUACAAUCAUCCUUAUAGGCGAAACAACAUGCCAAGGGGUAACUUCAACCAGCGGCAGACGUUUCCUCCACCGCAAAUGCGACCUAGUCCCCCGCACAUUCGACCAGAGCUACAUCCAGAGAUACGGCAAAAUAUUCGUCCCGAAUUCAGGCCGGAUAUGCGUCCUGAAAUACGGCCCGUUAUCCGACCAGAAAUCAGAUCCGAACUUCAUCCAGAUAUUAGGCCUGAUAUGAGACUAGAUAUUCGACCCGAUAUGCGACCAGAAAUGCGACCGGAUAUACGACCUGAUAUUAUUAGACCAGACAUGCGAAUGGAUAUGCGACCUGAUGUUCGUCCGGAUAUGCGACCAGAUAUGCAUUCCGAAGUCCAACUGCACCCGGAAAUGCGUCCGGAUAUUCGACCGGACCGCCCAGAUAUUCGUCUAGAGCCGAUGCAGCAGAUGCCUCCAAGAAUGGGUCCAGAGAUUUCUCCAGAACGACCGAUGCUAUCAGAAAUGCAGUUUCGACCAGAGAGCCGAUUCGGACCUACGGGACCAAGGCCAAACUUCAGGCCGAAUAUUGACGAAAGACCAUUCGGACCUCGUCCUCCGUAUCACUACCCUCGAGCUUCAGCUCCUGGAUUUGAACAUCGAGCUUUCGGUCCUCCUAUAAGAGAGAUAGUCCCGAAUGAUGUCAGCCAUAUGCCUCAAGUAACUAUAAGGCAGCAAUUACCGAUGUCAAAAAUGGAGAAAUUCGGUCCCGGGCCGAAACCCAGGGAACAGGAGGUGAUAAUGUUACCAGUUCAGCUGCCCCCAAAUCUGCCGCCUGGAGGAUUAGCCGGCAAGAAAGUGUUGAUCAAUCCACAUUUUAAAGGAAACUUCCAGCCACCUGUCGAAGGGUUGCCAACGUACAUACCUACAAGGAUACAAAAAAGCCCGCCUCUCAGCCCUACUCUGGAAAACAAAUUCGGGCCUGUGAAAGAUAUUGAUGAUGCAGCAGAGAGGUUUAUAGCAGAACAAAGAAACGCUCUCGCCAGAGCUGCCAACAGAAAGAUACCACCACAGAGGUACAUAGAGAACACUACUAUAGAGAUAGAAAAUGACCUGAUGGGGAGUCGAAGGUCAGACAGUGACUUGGAAUUGCUGCGGCGACAAGAAGAGUUCAUACAUGCCAAUCGAGCUGGACUUAGGAGAAGAAUGCGUUCUCCAUCGCCGGCGCGUCGUUCUGCCUCACCACGAAGAUCACCCGACAGGCGACAUCGCCCCGAAAGGGCAGACAGACCCGACAGACUCGAUAGACCCGAAAGACCACACGACGAGGACAGUGAAUAUAGACGUCGUCUCCGUGAACAAGAAACAAUGAGGGAGAGAGUUCUUAGAGCGAAGGAGGUUCGUCGCAGGAAGAACGCGGUCGCACUACAGAAACAAUUAGACGAAAGAGAACGUGAACGUCAAGAUAAGGCGAAAGACCUAUCUAAACCCGAAGAAAACAAAGAUAAACAACCAGACAAUCCGACCAGUACUGAAGACACAAAACCUGAUACUACGAGGAAAUCACCAGAGAAGGAGAUCAAAGUGGAGAAAGUGACAAAAGUGGAGAAGAUCGUCAAAGAAGAAAAAGUAGAAAAGAUUAGAGAUAGAUCUCCAGUUAAAGAAGAAAAAGUGGAAGUUAACUCUACUUGUGAGGGUCUAACUCCACCGCGGUCGCAAGCCCUCACUCCGCCGCUGCCUCAACACGACUCCGACGACGAUCUAGAUCUUAUCCUCGGAGAUAUAGACGGCAUCCUCUCCGACGAUGAUACUACCCCACCAGUCAGAUCGGUUCCCCCUGCCACUACUAGUACUACUACGGAUCUUCGUAGCAAGUUGCCCGCUAAGAACAAUCCCAGACCACCCAGACAGAAGAUAGUCUUCCAUGACACUAAAGAAAAAACACCACCCCGACGUGCCGUCGUGACGAGUUCCACUAAAGCUGAAAACUCGGAGAACAAUGAAAAGAAAAAUUCUAAGGCAAAACCCAAAGCCGACUCAAACUCAAAUAAGUCGAGACCGCGUAUUAUAUUCGAUAACAAAGAGAAAGCGGAAAACGAUGGCGACGACAAGAGAACGUUCGCCAACCGCCGCGUUAUCCUACAACGUACCACAACAGCUAAAGACAAAACCGCGAACGUACGCGACGACGCAGAGUCAAUGCGUCCCGUCGCGGGUAUGUUCAGUCGCGCCGUACGCACCGCUAUAAACGACUGCGGGCGACGGUCGCCGGAGAUUGUGACGCAUUCCGCGCACGUGACGCAUUCCACGCACGUGACGCAAGUUACACACGCCACUCGCUCGGCGACAGUGUCGCAGUUGCCGCCGGGAAUGACGCACGCUCGUCUUCGAGCACUCGCCGGUACACAGCUGCAGAGUUUAAGUUUGGAUAAAGAAGAGCGCGUCGCUAAAAUCACGUUCAAUACAUCGGAGGCGGCCGAAUCGUUCAAGAAGAAAUUCAACAACAAAAUGGUGGCCGCCAGUAAACUUGUCGUUAUUUUACAUUGA